AUGGCUUCGCCUAAUACUCUGAAUGGGACUGCCACCCAGCCCGAGACAGCUUCUCCACUGGACAAAAAAAUAUAUUUCGCUUAUUUUGAUGCUGCUACAUCAUCCGUUCAAGUUACGGACCCCAGGGCUGUGAGGGCUCUUUGGGAAAUGGGAUUUUUUGGCAAAGGAACCCUUAGCAGAAGUGAACCCAGUUGGCUCGAACGUGAGAAGAAAAGAAGAGGUCUCUUAGCCUCGAAUACGAGCGAAGAAGUAACUGGCGAAAGAAGGGUAGAACGUCGGGAAAUGAAACUCGAAAGAGCUAGAAAAGAGCAAGAAGCAAUCGCCCAGCAAUUGAAGGAAGAGGCAGCUAAGAAGAAGAGUAACUCCGGUGUCUCACAACAGUUAGAGACAAGAGCCGAUUCAGCUGAUGAACAUGCCAAUGGCUUCAUUAAUGAGUCUGCGAAUAAGGAUGCCGUCUCAUCUCUGGAAACAGCAUCGCAAACACUAAAUUCCACUCAUGAUAAAAUCGAACCGGUGGAGGAAAAGGCCUCUCCUCUAACAAAAAGCGUCCGUUUCUCGCCUGUCCUCGAGGAAAAGAAAUAUAUACCCGAGCCUCAAGGGGCUGUGAAUGGAUCUCUCAUUCGAGACAGUCUGACAAAAGUCGACGUGGAUGACUUGGUCAACGAGGAGCACCUCCAGCUUACCAAUGAGGAGACUCUCUUUCUUGCCUACGGCUUGGGAGCUCUGCAAGUUUAUGACCAAGACACCAGAUCUGUUAUUCCGACGACGUCUCUUGUCAAACUCUUCACACGGCAUUCUACUUUCCCGCCUCGUCCUGAGACAGAUGCUAUUGGGCCCGAUGACCCUUUUCUUGUAUCAUACGUGGUCUACCACCACUUUCGCUCGCUUGGCUGGGUUGUCCGGUCUGGUGUCAAGUUUGGCGUUGAUUAUCUACUUUACAACCGUGGACCGGCUUUUGCACAUGCUGAAUUUGCUGUCCUCGUUAUACCAUCGUAUGAAAACUCUCACUGGGAGUCCACUCCUGAGCUAAGAGACUAUUCGUCCCGGAAACAAUCUCGGAGUUGGUGGUGGUUACAUGGGGUCAACCGUGUACAGGCACAAGUCAAGAAAUCGCUCGUGUUGUGCUUCGUUGACAUACCACCACCCUUGGCGUCCCUGCCACUGGAUAAUAUUGGAGAGACACUACGCCGAUACAAAGUCCGAGAGAUUCUUAUCAGGCGUUGGGUGCCAAACCGCUCACGAGAUUGA